ACCUCACUUUUCUCAAACAUUUUCCGGUUAUUUUAAACAACAAGCAUUUAAUUGCAUUUUAUUUAAACCAAAUUACAAUUGAAAUACUUACUUAUUGAAUCGUAAUCCUCGACCAAAUAAAACAAAGACAUUUGACAGUUUGUUUAUAAAAUUGGAACCAAAGUUACCUCAAAUUUGUUGUUUUCAAAUCGCAAAGUAUGUGAUAAAUAAUAAUAUGACAGUACAUCCCUUAAAACUCAAAUUUGAAUAACAGCCUAACAGGUAAAUUGUAAAAAAAGUACUCUCUUACAAAAUUGGGACGAAAUGUUCAGAAUUUUCAAAGUCGCCAAUUGUAUAACUCAUAGCGCACAAAGACUAGAGUUGUUAGAAGGAUGGCAUCGAUUAACAACUGUGCAAAGAUUUUAUUCAAAAAAGGAUUGCAAGACGCCUCCAAAAUCGGAAGGUAGCGAAUGUGUGCCUCCUGACCAAGGCGAGUUUUGCCAGCGAAAACCUGUAGAUUGCAACCCGCCUGGACACAAACCUCUACCUGUUUAUAAUGAUUGUCCGUCGACUAACGCAAUGGAUAGUUUACCUAAACCGCAAUGUUCUUAUAAGGAACAUGAAGGCCAACAGAAGAAAUCUUACCUCAAAGUACUUAUUUUCGGAGCAAUUGUAUUGUUAGUUUCAGUAGCAACUGUUUAUAAGGGUUCGUCUCACUCUGAACCAGUUCAACAGAAAAGCAAACGAAAAAUUAAACAAGUUUCAAAAAUUCCAUCUAAAUCGAGUGAAAUUCCGAACGAGGUUCCUUAUUUGUUGAUUGGGGGUGGUACAGCUUCAUUUUCCGCUUUUCGUGCGAUUAAGUCCGCAGAACCAGAUGCAAAAAUUUUAGUAAUCUCGAACGAAGACAAUUUUCCUCAUAUGAGGCCGCCACUUUCCAAGGAGUUGUGGUUUAGUCCAGAUGAGUCGGCUGUUCGCGAUUUAAAGUUUAAGCAGUGGAAUGGCACGGAGCGCAGUUUAUAUUACGAACCCGACGACUUCUAUGAGUCUUGCAAGAACUUGAUGAGUAAUCCGAAAGGUGGUGUUGCUGUUGCUAAAGGGUGGGUUGUGACCCAUCUUGAUGUGGUUGGCAAGAAGGUUUUCUUAGAGGACGGUUAUGAAAUAUCCUAUGACAAAUGUCUUAUUGCUACAGGUUCAACCCCUAAGAAUUUGGAUAUUUUUGAGAAUGCGCCACCAGCAGUGAAAGAGAAGGUCACAGUAUUUAGAGAAAUACAUGAUUUCCAAGCUUUGCAUCAUGUCUUUCACAAUUCUAAUUCUCUUGUCAUCAUUGGAGGGGGAUUUUUAGGAAGCGAACUUGCAUGUGCAUUGGCAAGGAAAGGGAAGGAUAAUUUGCAUGUAACGCAAAUUUUUAAAGAAGGAGGCAAUAUGGGCAAAAUUCUCCCGGAGUACCUCAGUUUAUGGACUACCGAAAAAGUGAAGAAGGAAGGAGUGAAUGUGAUGCCUUAUGCUGAAGUUACGGGUGUCAAGUUACAGGAUGACCAAGUAGAAAUUAAUUUGAGUAAUGGUUCUUCGGUACUGGCGGACCACGUUGUGGUAGCAAUAGGUGUUGUUCCUAACACGACUCUUGCCGAAAAAUCGGAAUUGGAAGUUGAUCCCGAGCUGGGAGGUUACUUAGUGAAUACAGAAUUACAGGCGAGAUCUCACUUAUACAUUGCGGGCGAUUGUUCGUGUUUCUAUGAUACAAAAUUGGGGAGACGUCGAGUGGAACAUCAUGAUCAUGCAGUUGUUUCGGGUCGUUUGGCUGGGGAAAAUAUGGCGGGUGCAAGUAAACCUUACUGGCAUCAGAGUAUGUUUUGGUCUGAUUUGGGACCCGAAGUUGGUUAUGAAGCUAUUGGUAUUGUCGAUUCUACAUUACCAACAGUGGGGGUAUUUGCAAAGGCCACCUCAAAAGAUAGUCCAGGGGCUGUUGUUGCAGCGACAGAUGAAGGAAUACGUUCAGAAACAGAAUUGGUAUCAGCAGAAUGUGAACCACAUUAUAAAGCUGAUCCUGAACAAAUGAAACUAAUUGAAAAAAUAAAAAAAGAACAGGGUCUUCAUCACGAAGGAGAAGAUUUUGGUAAAGGCGUUAUAUUCUACCUUCGUGAUGAUAUAGUAGUGGGAAUUUUGCUAUGGAAUGUAUUUAAUAGAAUGAAUAUUGCGCGGCAAGUUCUAAAAGAUGAACGUAAAUACGACGACUUAAAUGAAGUAGCGAAAUUAUUCAACAUUCACGAAGAAUAGUGUUAGUUUUGUUUAUCAAUUUUUUGUACCUUAAGUAAAAGUGAUUUCCUACAGCGAUUAACCCUGUUAACUUUUAAUGGACGUUUGUUACGCAAUGCAUUAUUUAUAAUAAAAAUUGAAAAGUGAUUGAAAAAGUAAA